AUCACUCCAGACUUGUUUAUGAUUGGCUAUCAUUCAAUUCUUAUUUACAUAACGGAAGAAAAACAAUGUCCUCCUUCUAACGAGAUUCCUCGUUGGUUGCCGCGACGGAAACUGUCAGAAAGACUUUGUAACUGCGUUUGCAGUUUGAGUCCUGCGGUAAUUGUGCUAGGACUGGUGACAACUAUGGAGGCUAAGUUAAAGAAGGAGCUGGGGACAACCAUGCUGAAACCAGCGGGUCGUGCUGGAGGUGGAUGCAUCAGCGAGGGCCAGACCUACCACACUGAUACUGGGAAAGUGUUUGUGAAGAUAAAUCACAAAAGCGAGGCUAAACUGAUGUUUGAAGGAGAGAUGGCCAGUUUGGAGGCUAUGUUAAAGACAGAAACGGUGAAAGUCCCCAAGCCUAUAAAGGUGAUUGAGUUGGACACAGGAGGCUGCGUAUUUGUGAUGGAACAUCUGGACAUGAACAGUCUUAGCAAGUACUCAAAGCAACUUGGAGAGCAGAUGGCUGAUCUGCAUCUUCACAACAAGAGACAACUGGAAAAACAAAUUAAAGAGCAACAGACAGUGGGAAAAGGGGCGGGGCAGGCCGAUAUGGCUGCUGUUGAAAAAUUUGGCUUUCAUGUAGUUACAUGCUGUGGAUAUUUACCACAGGACAAUCAAUGGCAGAGCGACUGGGUGUCAUUCUAUUCCCAGCAGAGGCUGCAGCACCAGCUUAACAUGGUGGAGAAAUCAUAUGGAGACAGGCAGACCAGAGAACUAUGGGCCCAACUACAGCUGAAGAUUCCUCAGUUUUUCAGAGAUGUGGAGAUUGUCCCUGCUCUCCUGCAUGGAGAUUUAUGGGGAGGAAACGUGGCAGAGUAUGCAGACGGCCCAGUCACUUUUGACCCUGCUUCCUUCUAUGGCCACUCAGAGUUUGAGCUGGGUAUCUCAGGGAUGUUCGGCGGCUUCAACAGCACUUUUUACUCUGCAUACCACAGCAAGAUUCCCCAAGUGCCAGGAUUUGCAAUGAGGAACCAGCUUUACCAACUCUUCCACUACUUGAAUCACUGGAACCACUUUGGUGGUGGUUACAGAGGCUCUUCCAUAAGAGUUAUGAAGACCCUGCUAAAAUAAACUCAUACUCACACUCACAGCCACUCUUAGAAAGCAUUGCUGUCUUAAAUUUAAGCUAUGUGUUAUGUGGGUUUGCUUAUUUGACCAAAAACAAUGUGUGAGGGUGAGGACACUAAACAGCACAUCUAACACUGUAAUGACUCCUGUAUUGUGCUGAAAAAGCCGAACUAACAUAGGAAAAACAAUUCCACCCUGUCAGCUCAUCAGACAACAAAAUUUUAAAACAGAAUCCAUAAAUAAUGUAUUUUGUACAAAGUACUACAGUGAGUUAAAUAAAGGUUGCUUACAUUUAAACAUUAAAUAAAACUUGCAAAUCAAAAGUCUGUACUACACACCAAUAGACUCAACUUAAAGCUUUUUUUUUUAUUAUUAUUAAUUUAUGAAUAAAGGAUUCCUUUAAGAACAAAUCUGACUUUCACUGUGGAUGCAAUAUUUGAUCUACAUUAUAAUGGCUUGGCUACUAAUGUCAUUAAGGUUGGCACACUAACACUUACAAAAUGCUGCUGUAUAUUAAUGAAUCCCUGCAAAGUCUUGUUGUCCACUGUUUAACCAGCAAUAAAUCCUCAGAUGAUCCAAAGUGUUUA